AUGGGUGACCCCUUUUCAACAGCCAGUAGUGCCGUUGGCAUCAUAUCUCUUGGUCUACAAGUUUGUACCCAGCUUGUCUCAUAUUGCCAAGCCUGGAAGGAUUUUGGGAAUGAUAUCCAAAAAUUAGGCAAAAAGGCCGCCUGUCUUCGAGUCUCACAGAAGCAGCUGCGUGAUUUAAUUGAGAAGACUCGACUAUCGGACCCUGAAACGGCCGCUGAUCUUGAAGAGAAAGCUAUGCAUCUCGAGCAGAGUGUGCGAAAACUCCAAACGAAGCUUGAUAUGUGCAGACCGGUUUUGAAUGAUUUCUCUAGCAAAAUUCGCUCCCAGAUGAAGAAAGCAACUCAUAUUUUUCGAAAUGACAUCCUGCAUGACAUGGAAAAUGAUUUGGAUGGUAUACAGCAAGCACUUCAGACUGCGUUGAGCAUGUAUGUGCUGAAUUUUCAUAUGAGACACUUGAAUAUCUUAGCUGAUUAUUAA